GAUUAGAGAGGUGAAUCACUGAAGGGAAAAUAAUAAUAAUAAUAGUUCAUUGUGUUGAGCAGAUUGAUAACUCAAAUUUCAAGAAGAUGUCAACUCCAGUAGAAUUAUUAGCUUUUAAAAAUCCAGCCUGUAAGGAAGCAAUAAGGGAGCUCUCGAAAAGGUGGGCAGAGAGAACAAAGAAAUUGGCUACUAAGUGGCCGGCAGAGGGAACAUUUGAUGUGGCAAUGUGUAAAGAAAUGGAGGGCCUGUUAAAAAAUUACAAGACCAAUGACAAAUCCAAAAAGAGAAAUGAAAAAAGAGAACAAGAAUUAGGGGUACUGACCCUGUUCAAACAACAUGGAAUUCAAUUAUUAAAAUUGGAGAAACAAGAAAGAGAGAAUAAAAAGAAUGAAAUAAAAGAAGAAAGGCCGCCUCCAUAUGCUCCUUCCUGCGAUCAAGCUGUUAAUCAGAUGCCUUUACAGGGCAGGGAAAAAUAGAUUUAAAGGGGGCAGUAGAAUUUGAGGGCUAUGUACAAGAUGUAAAUACAGCUGUUGAAAUAGAUGAGCAGAUCUGCAGAAGUGAAUUGAGGGGAAUGGCAGACAACAGGGGAGAGAGAGACACACACACAGCCACAAGGGAGAGGCUGGAGCUACAAGAGGAGGGGCUGAGAACAUCAACACCAAAGACUCAAGCAAAACACAGAGAACGAGAGAGAACAGCCCACAGGGUGGAGCCAAGGAUUGAAAGAUUGAAAGAGGAGGGGCCAAGAACUACAGAGAGGAGGAGAGAACAGGUGAGCCACUUGCAUAUCAUAGUCUUUCAGCAAUACUCAAAGAAAUGGGAGACCGCCACAAACACCAGACAUCAGCUAGUGGGGACAUGCAGGACUAUCAAGCAGAGGGACUUUUUGAAGAUACACCUGAAGGAACAGUGACAUCUGCUGACUCCGUCCAGGAAGCACUGGAUGAGAUGGAGGAUAGGUGCAACAGAACAAGAGAUAAUCUCAAACAAGCUGUCCACAUGACAAGAGAAGAUUUCACACAGGCUGUAGACGAAUUGCACCAGGAGCUGGAUGGACUGUUGAGUAAACAUGAACCAAGACAACCAUACCCAAGACCACAUAAAUAUGUCCAGCAGAAACAAUACAAGCAAGUAGCUGGGACACUGGUCAUGCAAGACAUAGAGGAUCCAGAAGACCAGUUUCAAGUUCUUCAAGCACAAAGACGAGGAGGAGGAGAAGAACACAGAUCAACGAGGAUAACAAGAAGUACAACAAGAAGACAACUGGCCCCAAGAUUUGAGUGUCCAAUCCUCAUCAAGCAAGGUUAUGCUCAAUACACACCUUGGGCAAGUCAAGAUCUGGACACUUUGGUUUCCCGUCUUCCAGACAUUCAUGAAGGUGCUGGAAAGUGGAUAAGAACAUUUGAAGAAGAGACAACUGGAAAGCUUCUGGCCCUGGGUGACAUCAAAGCUCUACUUGCCAAAUGCCUGGGGGCCUCCAAAAUGAAUGAUGUACUCAAACAGUCUGGCCUCCUUCGAGCUGUGGACAGACCUCAAGAAGAUGCAACUUCUUUUGACAAACAUCGAUGUGACAUUUGGAUAACUCUGAGAGCUGAGUACCCAAUGCAAACUGAUCCAGGUUUCCUGAAAGGAGAGCCAAUUGGGGAGACUGAGAAUCCCACCACCUACAUUCAGAGACAAAUAAGACGUUGGAAAGAAGAACUGGAAAGAGAUCCAGAGCAAGACAAAAUACUGACAGCACUCUUCAGGACUGCCAUUGUGGAAGCCAUGCCUACAACAGUGAAAGUGAAGCUGGAGGAUGUGGUAGGUCUGAAUUCCAAAUCACACAAAGAAUUCAGAGACCAUGUGGUUCAUGCGGUGGAACAAUAUAGAAAACAAGAGCUAAAGAUAAAAACCCAAGAAAAAGAGUUGCAAAGAAAAUUGACUCAGAUGCAGCUUGAGGAACUGCUCAACAGAAAGAAGAAAAUUCAAGCAGUCCAGAAGGAAGAUCACUCAGCAGUGAUGGCACCCGUCAACACUGAAGUGUUUGUUAAUCCACCUGCAACAAUGAAUGUGCCUGCACCAACAAAUCAGAUUGCAACAGCACAGGCACCACCUGCUGGAACAGCCACUGCACCACAAGGACCAGCACCAGUUGUCAUCUAUCUCAAGUCAGAGCAGCCAAACAACAGAGGCUGGAACAGACAACAACAAGGGCGAGGCAGAGGAAGAUUUAACAACAAUCAGCAAAAAUUUGGUGGCCCACCAGGAGUGUGUUGGGGAUGCAAUCAGCCUGGACACGCCAGAAGAGAUUGUCCCAUCAAUCCUUGGCCACAGGACCACCCAAUGGCCCCAGGAGUCAACUAUGGACAACAACAAGUGCAACCACAAACUCUAGGUCCUGUCAACCCAUGGCGUGGACCUGACCAAGGUUAUUAGGGCUGCCCAGAGAAUCUUACAGGGAGGAAUCAGCUUCCAAUGAUAUCAUGUGAUGCUGAUCAAGAACCAAUGCUGCAAGCUAAUAACGAAGGAAAAAACAAAUCACUCUCAUGCUUGACACAGGGGCGACACACUCGUGUUUAAAUCCAAGAUAUGCCUCGCACCUCCCCAUGUCUGGAAAAUAUAUAAAGACAGUAGGAUUCUCGGGAACAACUCAGUUACUUCCUAUGACAGCCCCUGUGAGUAUAAGCCUGAAAAACACUGAAAUAAGAAUACCAGUCUUAGUCUCAGAACACACACCUGUCAAUUUGUUGGGUAGGGAUGCCAUAUGUAAAUUAAAAAUGCAGAUAUGGUGUACACCAGAGGGAAUUUAUAUAGAUGAUAGGGCAAUGAGACAAAUGAAUGUCUCAACAUUACAACAAACACAAGAACCAUGUGCUAACAUGUAUUGGUUAGGUGAUCUAAAAGAAGAUGUAGAAAAAACACUUAGCAAAUGGGCAAGAUAUAUAAGGGAACAGCUUUGUGAACCAAGUCUACCAAAAACUGAAUUUCAUUGUACUAUGAAGUAUGAUGAAAACAAAGAUCCAGAUUUUGAAAAAAGAUGGCUAAAAGACACAAAAGGAUUGAAAAUCCCCAUGAUAUCACAAAGCAUAAUAAUAGGACCCAAAGGUGUAGCUCUGCAGAUAGAUAGGGAAAAAUUCAUAGAUGACUGGUUUGCAGUACCAAACUCAGUGCCUCAUGUUACAUUAUAUGUAAAUAAAGACUGUGUCUCUAAAGACUUAGGCCCCACGAUGAAACAAGCAGAAAAAAGCAAUUGGGAAGCCACAGAAAAUCCUCUAAUUUUCCAAUCAGCAGACAAAGAAUAUCUUAAGAUUUUGUGUGCUACUCCAAUGAUAAGUGUCCCCAGAAUGGUCAUAAACACAAGAGUUGAGCCAAAAGUUAAAGAACAUCAACCAAA